AUCCGGUGACUUUUCGGCGCUGAAUAGGUUCGCUUUAAGGCUGACACGAGGAUGAGCUGAGCCGGUGUCCCCAGCGCGCUCGGAGUUAAUCAUCACUGAGUCACCGAUCUGUUGUUGGACGUUUGCUGGCCGCUCAAGUCUGUCUCAGUUCCGCUUGAGGAAAAGCCGCCUGGGUGAUCGGAGGAGAGUCGCUUCGCUGCUGUGGCUUGUGUCUCCGUACGUCUGGAUGGGAGACGGCGUUUCACAGGCACUUUACUUUGGGAAACAGGAUUGAUGAGAGUGACCACUAACCCCUCUGGCCAGAAAAGCAUGCACGUUUGAAGACAUGGUUGGAAUGCCAAGUGACACAACUCACAGUAGAGAGAAGAAGAGCCCUGCCAUGCCCGGGUCGCCUGUGGAUGCUAAGACUCAUUCCAGAUCAGCCCCCAGCAGCAGCUCCAGCUCCGCGAUGCCACCCCUGCCCUCCGUCAACCCCAGCGGCCCUCGCCCGGCCUCAUUUUCCACAACAACAUUGACCAACGGGAACCAUCACUCCCCACCAACCCUGAACGCAGUGCCCUCUCCGCCACAGCGUUACAGCAACGGGCCUUCCUCCUCUUCUUCCUCUUCGCUGGCGAACCAGCAGCUGCCGGCCACCUGUGGGGCUCGCCAGCUGAGCAAGCUGAAGCGCUUCCUGACAACGCUGCAGCAGUUUGGCAACGACAUUUCCCCCGAGAUCGGAGACAGCGUCAGAAGCUUAGUUUUGGCCCUUGUGAAUUCCACAGUUACCAUUGAGGAGUUUCAUUCGCGGCUUCAGGAGGCCACAAACUUCCCCUUAAGGCCUUUUGUUAUUCCUUUUCUCAAGGCGAACCUCCCCCUGCUGCAGAGGGAGCUGCUCCACUGCGCACGGGCAGCCAAGCAGACCCCCGCGCAGUACCUGUCCCAGCACGAGCACCUCCUGCUCAGCACCACCCUGGCCUCUUCUCCCGACUCGUCCGAGCUGCUGAUGGAGCCUCCUGAGACGGGGACCAAGAGACACAGCCCCAGCAGGCCCAAAGAGAACGGCUUCCACGAGCGCCCGCCAAUCGCCCUGGAGCCCGCAGCAAAGCGGAUUUGCACCAUCAGCCCUGCUCCCCGACACAGCCCGGCGCACCCGCUGCCCCUAACGGCCCAGCUUCACCCGACCCCUCCACCCCUGCAGCACUACACCCUGGACGACAUAGCAGCCCCGCACAUCCUGCACCGUGAACACAGCCAGCGGGUUCUGGAGAUCCGGGAAUUGAAGGACAGGCCCCGCCUCCCAGGCUCUAACGGCGGCUACCGUGAGGAGCCGGUGGACCACAGACUGACAGACAGGGAGUGGGCUGAUGAAUGGAGACAUCUGGACCAUGUGCUGAACUGUAUAGUGGACAUGGUGGAAAAGACACGGAGGUCAGUGAGCGUGCUCAGACGGUGCCAGGAGGCCGAUCGGGAGGAGCUGAACUACUGGAGGCGCCGCUCCAACGAGCAGGAGGACCCUCGCAAAGGAGGAUCGGGCUCUGCUCCGUUCUCCAAGACGCACAGCCCCCACUCUGCAGAAUCUGACUCGCAGAGAGAUUUCGCCCCGAGGCCCGGCUCAGCAUACGUUACAGAUGAGAUCUGGAGGAAAGCCGAGGAAGCGGUGAACGAGGUCAAACGUCAAGCCAUGGACGAGGUCCAGAAAGCCGUGGCCGAGGCGGAGCAGAAGGCUUUCGAGAUGAUCGCAGCCGAGAGGGCAAAGAUGGAGAAGACGCUCGCCGAGGAAAAGCGGAAGGCUCAGGAGGACGCCAUCAUGGUCAUCAAUGAACAAGAAGAUUCCAGCGAGUGUUGCUGGAAUUGUGGCCGCAAAGCCAGCGAGACGUGCAGCGGAUGCAACGCCGCCCGCUACUGCGGGUCCUUCUGCCAGCACAAAGACUGGGAAAGACAUCACCUCAUCUGCAGCCCGGGACUUCAAGCUCAACCCAAGCCCGUCUCCGCCAUCACCGCAAACAGGGUGGCUGCCAUGGCGACGGCAGCGGCUCCCGGAAUGUGUCCCGUCGGCCCCAAAGCCUCCGACGGCGCGCCUCCCUCCUCCAGUCCCGCCGCAGAGCACAAUCCAGCCGCUUCUCGCUCGACCACUCCCUCCACUCCCGCAUCCGUCCCCGAGACCAACGGACACUAGGAGGCGGAGAGCUCCACCUUUUCUCUGUGUUCAUGGACGGAGCCGAACGAGGAGGAAACGAUCUUUGGGCGAAGUUAGGAUAACAGACUUUUCAUCAUAUUCUUUGGCAAAUAAAUAAGUACAGAUUAUAGACGACUGUUUUGAGUCAUGCGUCAGCAGGGAUUUAGCUUUGGCAGAAAGCAGAGUGUCAUUUUGCAGCGUGUCCACGGCACCAUCAGAUCCCCGUGACAGAUGGGAAAGUGCUUCUAAACAUCCAAAACCCGAAAAUGUUUGAUCUGCGAGAGCUGGGAAGGAAAACUCAAGACCGAUCCCAGUUUAUUUGUGGGGGGGGGGGAGCGCUGAAAGGAAAGCAUGGAACUCCCACGGAGACAGACCUUCAAGUCCUUUUCUACUCGUUUGGUGGAAAAAGAGGAAUUUGGUGUUGGUAAAUGUAAAAAUGAAAUGCCAGCACCGGCUCCAACGAGUCUUUGUCGUGUAGGAAAAGUGAUCUCUGCAGUUUCUCUGUAUGCAAAAACAUCCAUGUGAAUUGGUCCAGUUGUGAAAACCGUGAAGCAAAUGAUUUUCAUUUCAAUUCAGCCGUUUCUGUCACACCAAAGUCUUCAAUCGUCUUCAGCGUCCGUCCGUCCAUCCGUGUCCUUGUCGUCAGCUAGCGAGUGUCAUUUCAGAGAAUCGUCACUUCCACCCCAGACGGAUGGUGGUUGGAUGAAAUCAAACCUGCGGACGCUCAGUCGUGCAGUUUCCAAAUAAAGACCCAGAAGUAGUUGUUGCAUUUGUUGGAGGCCUACGGUGGUGCAGGUAGGGAGCCAGGACUCUGUCUCACAGAGAAUCUCAGGAGCUAAGCUGUAUUUGUUUGUACAGAUUUUUUUUUUUUUUUUUUUUUGUAUUAUUGUUAUGUCACAGCUACAGAAUUUGAGUGAGGAACUUGGAUUUAUUGUCCUCUGCUGUUGCAACUCAGAACCCCUGGGUUGUAAGAAGACUUUGUAAAAAACAAAAAAACAAAAACUAUUAUGAGAGAAAACCUUUAUUUUGUGAACCCUGUUUUUUCCUCCUUCAUCCUCUAGACAUGUUCUUUUGUUCCGAGGCAUAGCUUUGUAUGAAAAACAUAUCUUAACAUGAAGUAUGAAAUAAAGAAGUAGAAAUGCUUCAAAAACUGGG